AUGGAUUUAAUAACCACCAACAAAUCAAUCAUUUGCAUUCUAGGGGAUUACAAGGAUAAAUUAAAAAGUCAAUUAACUAAUUUUGAAGGUGGUAUGCAAUAGUAAGGAAUUAAAAUCUAUUUAGAUUCAUUAUUUUGCUUGAAUUGGAUUAUAAAAAGAAAUCUCAUCAAGGUGGGGGAAUUUUUAAAUUGUCGUGGCUUCACAAAUUAAAAACUUUUCCCUCUGUUGUUAUAUGGAUAUAUGACAUCUCUGAACAAAUUGGAUAAACUAUUAGACAAUUACAAUAUCCUAAAGUAAACCAUUUCUUUAGCUAAAUCCUUCUAACCUAAAAUCACUAUAGUACUUACAGGUAAAAAUGUAGGUGGAUUUGAUUUUAAUUACCUAAAGAAGGAAAUUGAUUUAAGAAAGGUCUUUGCAGUCGAAUUUGAAAACAUUGGUCAACAAUUGAAAAGAAUCAAGAAAACGAUUGUGGAUGACUCAAACACUUUCUAUUAAGAACUAUUUAAUAAGUAUAAGUCUGAAACCAGCAAAUUGUAAAAGUCAGAAUUGAGUGACUAGAAGUUAAUUUUUGAAAUCAAGAAAACUCUAAUUAGUGAAAUUGAAAACAAUGCAAAAAAGGCAAAUAAGCAUAUGUAAACAUCUUAUGAAAUUGUGACUUAAUUGGCAACAAAAAGGAAGGAUUACUUAAACUUUACAGAUGAUAAUUCAUUUUACACUUCCUAUGAAUUGAUUUAACAAGCAGAAGAAUAUAGAGAAAUUGCUGAUCAAUUAAGAUUCAAAUUAUUCAGAAAUUUAGAAAUUCAAGAUGUAAUUUAACACUUUGAGGUUCACUUCAAAACCUUUAAAAAUUUAAUAUUCCACAAAUUGUUUGAAAUACAAGAAUAUUUAUGGAGAGUCAAAAUCUUUGUGGCUAUUAUUAAAUUUAUUGAAUCUAAAUUAAUGGUAACCAAUUAUACUAUUGUGUAUAACUAUUUCCAAGCGACUUUGCUGAGUUACAUCAAAUUGAUACAACUUAAUGAUAUGUUCCCCGAUUAAUCGAUUCAAUAAUUUGGCUUUUUAAUUUCGAAAUAAGAACCUGAAUAUUUAGGAAGACCAAAUUAUUAAAUUCGAGAAAAAGAGAAUGAGUAGCCUAUUGAUAUAAAAUCAGAUUAAAAGCUAUUCUAUUUUAAGCACGUAAUCAAUUAUAGAAGAAAUGAAAUUAACUUAGCCCCUAAUGUGUAAUUCAUUUUUGAUUUUUGGAAACAGUAUAAUGAAAAUAGUUAGAAUCAAAACAAUUAUGCUAAUGUUUAUUUUAAAUACUUGUAAAUAUUAAUCACUUAAAACUUUGAAUUGAAAUCCUAAAUUGCUGAUCAAUUAAUUUCUUAUGGAUUAAUUGACGAAUACAAAAAUAUCCUAUAUUUAGAAGCUUAAUCAGCACAAUUGACAAAAUAAAUACAAAUCUACAGCGAUAUUUUAAUAUAUGAGCAGGAUAAAAUUUAGGACAUCAAGAAGUUGGCAUAGCAAUUAAGUGAAAAUUUAGAUAUUGUUGUUCCUGCUAACACAUUCAUUUCUAUUUCUAAACUUGAAUCAGAUGAACAAAGUAUUCAGUUAAAAAUAGAUAUGAAUAUAACUCAACACAUUUUAGACAUGAUUGAGACCGGAUUAAUUAUCAGUAAGAACCAACAAAUAGAAUUUAUUGCAACAAAUCAUACAAUUAUAAAAACAGAUAAAAAUAUAGAAAAACCAGUUCAAAUUCAACUUUUUGGAAAAUAUUUGGAUAAAUUAUCAAUUAAAAUUAUUGCCAAAGAUGUAGAACUUUACUCGAACAAAUAUAAAGUUGGGUUGCUAUCCACUUAUAAAAGAGAUCCUCCUAUCAUUACAUUUAAAUAGGACUUUGCCUAUAUCAACGAAUUAAAUGAAAUUGAGGUGGAAUUGAGUUAUCAAACGGAGGUUGAGUUAUUGAAUUUUAAUUUAAACAAGAAUUGCCUUCUAAAGUUAAAGGAAAAUAACAAUAAUACAAUAAAUAGCAGAUAAUUUACUUUACAAAUAACAGAUAGCAUUAUUCAUGAUAGAAUUGUUGGAUUCAAAAUAUAGGGUGAAGAAUAUUUUAAGAAGAUUAAGUUUGUUUUCCCAUUCAUUUACUUUAUAAAAAUAAAAUAAUUAAGCAGUGUGUUUUAGAAUGCUCAAAAUAGAAAUCGAAAUACUUUGAGUGUUUUUAGUAAAUGCGCAGUUUAAUUGGAAGUAUAAAAUAUUGAUUUGAUUGAAACUGAAUUUGUACCAUCUGUUGAUCUUGAUUUUUAUAAUAAAAAUAAAUUGAAUGUUAUUUUUAUGACCAGGGAUUAAACUACUUACUCCAAUUUUGGACAAUAUAAAAUCAAAUAUACAAGAAAUUAGAUGAAUUAUGAAGCUAUAGUUGAUGUUGAGAAUGUCAAUGUGAUAUCAUAUUUGCAGAAUGUGGAAAUAAUAUCUCCCCCUACAUCCAACGCAUAAUAGACUUUUGAAAUUGUUGUAAAAUUAAAGACUAGAGAACCAUAAAAUUAUUUCAUUCAAUUGAAGGACCAAGAUAAAAAGCAAUUCUUCAUUAUGGGCAAGAUAAAAUAGAUGAAAUUUGUAGAGGAUGAAGCAACUUUUUCUUAUUUAUUAUUUCCAAUUGAAUUUGGAAAGUGCAAUCUUCCUGGAAUUUUAAUAGAAAUCAGACAGCCCAAUAAUCCUAGUCAGUUAGUUUUCGAUUCUUCAGGAAUGAAAUCCAUUUUAAUAUUACCUUGAAAUUAUAAAAAAUAUAUUUGUUCAGGUUAUUAUUAGUCUACGUUUAUUAGUUGGUUUAAUUAAUCAAGUGUUUUCGUUUUUUAAGUUAUAUAUUAUUAUUUAUGGGUUGUGCAAACACAAAGAGCAGAAGCGAGAAAAGUAGCAGGUCAUCUUUCGAUAGUGAACCAAAAAACUUAAAAUAUUUGGCAUUCUCAAAUAAAUACAAAAAUGGAAUACCCUAAUUAUAGAAUAUUUCAGUUAGCACUAUAAUAUAGAGAAGGAAAAAUUUUGGCAAAUAUUCAGUAUGAGGAAGAGAGAUAUAUUAAUUAUAUAUUUUAUCUGAUUAUACUAGUAAAAUAUGUAAA